AAACCUGUCAAAGCGGUGUUUAUUUUCAUUGUAUUUAGUACUAUUUUAUUUUAGGCGAAAGGAGUUGAAAAAUUCGUUGCAUCCUGCAGAUAAAUUCUUAUUACAGCAUCUUGAAAGUGAAAUUAAAACUUUUAACAACAAUUUUGACCUAAAAUGACGUGGGGAUUUGUAACCUGUGGCCCCAACGAGGCGCUAGUAGUUUCGGGAUGCUGCCAUAUGAAGCCACUGUUGGUGCCUGGCGGUCGAGCUUUUGUAUGGCCUACCAUACAGCGCGUACAAAGAAUUUCCCUUAACACUAUGACUUUGCAAGUGGAGAGUCCCUGUGUUUAUACUAGUCAGGGCGUUCCCAUCUCGGUAACUGGCAUUGCACAAGUAAAGAUUCAGGGUCAAAAUGAAGAUAUGUUAUUGACCGCAUGCGAACAAUUUCUCGGUAAAGGCGAAUCUGAAAUACAGCAUAUCGCAUUGGUUACGCUAGAAGGACAUCAGCGUGCCAUUAUGGGCUCCAUGACGGUUGAAGAGAUUUAUAAAGAUCGAAAAAAAUUCAGUAAACAAGUAUUCGAAGUGGCUUCGUCCGACUUGGCCAACAUGGGCAUAACCGUUGUCUCGUACACCAUUAAAGAUCUCCGUGAUGAAGAAGGUGAUUCAAAGGGAUAUCUUAGAUCUUUGGGCAUGGCUCGCACUGCUGAGGUUAAACGCGAUGCUCGCAUCGGUGAAGCUGAGGCGCGUUGUGAUGCACAAAUUAAAGAGGCCAUCGCUGAGGAGCAACGUAUGGCUUCGCGUUUUCUCAACGACACCGAAAUCGCCAAGGCACAACGUGAUUUCGAGUUGAAGAAAGCCGCCUACGAUGUGGAGGUGCAAACGAAGAAAGCCGAAGCGGAAAUGGCUUAUGAGCUGCAGGCGGCAAAAACCAAACAACGUAUCAAGGAGGAACAAAUGCAAGUGAAAGUAAUUGAACGUACUCAGGAAAUCGCCGUACAAGAGCAGGAAAUACAGCGUCGCGAGAAGGAGUUAGAGGCUACUGUACGUCGACCAGCUGAAGCUGAGAAAUUCCGUUUGGAAAAAAUAGCUGAAGCAAAUAAAAUGCGCGUCGUUAUGGAAGCAGAAGCAGAAGCUGAAUCGAUUAAAAUUCGUGGUGAAGCUGAAGCAUUUGCCAUCGAAGCAAAGGCUAAAGCUGAAGCUGUACAAAUGGCACAAAAGGCCGAAGCUUGGCGUGAGUACCGUGAAGCGGCCAUGGUUGAAAUGUUAUUGGAAACUUUGCCUAAGAUUGCCGCCGAGGUUGCUGCGCCAUUAUCGCAAGCUAAGAAGAUUACCAUGGUUUCCAGUGGACAGGGUGAGAUCGGCGCUGCCAAAUUGACUGGUGAAGUAUUGCAGAUCGUCAACAAAGUGCCAGAAUUGGUUAAGAACAUUACUGGGGUCGACAUUGCCCGGUCUGUGCAUGCUGGCUAAAUUAAAAAAAAAAACACUAUGCUUCUACAAAACAACAACAACAAUAAUGUAUGAAAACCCACACGAACUGCAUAAAAAGGUAAAGGUGUCAAAAUUCUUAAACCAAAGAUUUAAAAAAAUGCGACAAAAGAACAAUCGGAAUAUAACAACGAUAAAUUUAGGAAAAACGAUUUUCAAAAAGCUUAGAUAGACCUUGAAAUUAACACAUUCAAUAAGAUCAAGGACCUUUUUUGAAUACUCUACAAGAAUGUGGUUUUGAAGAAUUUGGCAUUUAAUAAAAUAUAGUAAGAUGACGCUAGUCUUAAACACAAAUUCUUGAAGAUUAUAAAUAAUAAUAAAGAAAUAAACGAAAUUCAAGUAACAAAAAAUAUAAAGAAAUAUGCUUGAAACUAUAACAACUGUACUACUUCGUGAUUUGCAUACAUUUUUUGUGUAUAUGUAUAUACUAUAACAUUUACAAUUUUCAAAAUAUACUCCAUAUAUGAAGGCGUGUAAAGCACACACUUGUAUUUUGUACUUUCUUAAGUAGCAACAAAACACAAACGCAUUCGCACAUAUUCACCAACGCCAGCGUUUUUUUCGCUGCAAAUAAAAUUGAUUGUAAGUGAAUUUUUAUUUCAAGAACUACACGGCAGAUUAACAAAACUAUUUAGCCAGUUGAAUUUACGGAAACUUUAAAUUAUCUUAAAUUAAACAGAUACAUGUGUAUGUAUAUAAGUUCGGAUUAAGCCAAAUUUUGUCUUAAAAGCAACUCAUUUAAUCUGCAAAACAUGAAUUAAAUAUUGAAGGGUUGUGUAAAUAAAGUUUAUGUGUGCAUACAUACAUUUACAUAUAAGCAUUAUAAAUACAUAUAUUCAAAAGAUUUACAUACACAUUCAAACACGAAGCUAAAUGUCUUAAAUGUGUUCUGUGGAAGUGAAGAUAUAGUGCAUUAUUUUUCAAAAAGUUCAAAAGAUGUAUCAAAAGAAGUUUUCACCAAAACAUAUGUAUAUGUAGAAUUUUUUUUCAUACGAUAUGCACAUAUAUACAUAUUUUAUAUACUGAAAUUAAACUAUCUACUGUUUCUUGGUUUUAUUUAUUUAUCGAACAAAUCAAAAAGUUCAAAAGAUGUAUGAAAAGAAGUUUUCGCCUAAACAUAUAUGUUGAAAUUUUUUUUCCAUACGAUAUGCACAUAUAUACAUAUAUAUAUUGAAAUUAAACUAUCUGUUGUUUUUUGGUUUUAUUUAUUUAUCGAAUAAAUUAAAAUUUGUACUUUUUUGGAA